UUAUAAAAACUACACCAAAAUAUUGGUUCAAAUCUUAAAAAGUAUUGGAAUAUUUUUUCAAUGUUGAUAUUGAAGUAAGCGACAGUCGAAUGGCUACCAAUGGGACAAUAAUAGCUACCUCCUAAUAACUCCUAAAUUCCAUUCAACUUGGAAUUGGCUCGUUUUUUCCCUUCAUUCACUAAUUCGUCUGCUCAUCUUCAAAAGCCAAUCUUGUCUUAUUUCCUUUCUUAGGUACACUGUCUUUACCACUGAUUCCUCUCUGAUUUUCGCUAACCGAGACUGUCCGCCGCUUCUUCCGGUGCAAUCCCAAUAACCAGAUCCUGAAAUUUAUAUUGCGGUGAAGAUUGAGGUGAAGACUAUAUUGACGACAACUGCGAACACUAGCAUCAACGAGUAAAUCGCCGCAAAAAAAGACUAUAGACUAUCUAGUUCGUGAUUUGGGGGUGGAAAAUUGAGUCUUCUGGCAAAACAACUUGUACAGUCAUAAAGCGGCACCUUUGGGUCAUAAAAUCGACUCCAGCAGCCAGCUAGCAGAUACAGCCGUGAUUCAGUUUAUUUAGCCCACUUGGGGGAUACUUUAGUGCGUAUUUGGUUCACACUUGUUUUGGAUACCCCGUGGCAGUAUUGGUUUUGCGGGAGUGCGAUCAAAACGUCAAUAUCUCGGUCACCACUGGAAUUUGGUGGGAUCCUGCAGACCAUUGAUUAGACUUGUUGGCAGAUUAAUCCGAUAUUAUUAUAACAAGAGUUUGUACUUGCUCCAUAAUCCCAUCCCAAAUUAAUCAAAUCAAAUAUCCACUCUCGCUAUUUAUUAUUACAACUUUAAAAACCUUCAAUUUGUAUCUGCUUCAAAACCAAAAAUAAAUCAUUGAACCAAUUUCUGCAACCUUUCCAAUAUUUUUGACGCAACUUUUUGCUGUUACUUUUCCAUUUUUGUCUUAGUUUAUUACCUGACGUUUUAUCAAAACCAACCGCAGAUUAAUAACUGUAUUGCAAUUAAAUUUCCCCGGCAACUUAUUUUGACGGGAAGUAAUCUUGUGGAUUAGUCCAACUUAGCGCGGCCAAAAAAGGCAAGGAAAAAUAGAGCUCAAAUUUAGUUUUGUGUCCCUUUUUUCGUUUAUUCCUACUAGACGACAGGGACAGGUUGGUCCUUUGUUUAUUUUUGUUUAUUUCCACAAUUCGCAACUUGUUUAUCCGCUCCUCCGAAAAAUCCUUUCAGCUCCUCAAAAUUUCCUUUGUUUCCUAAGCAUCAAUUCGUCACUUGAACUCGCCUUUCCCCCGUCAAAAGAAUCUUUUAUCGGCACAUUUCAUCCUUCGUAAUCAUCAUCAAAAAUAAAAACAAAUGCUGGUCACACAAAACGCAUUCGUAUAUUAAAAACACAAUCAGAUUGAUGUUUUAUCUUUUCUCACUGAAAUAAUCAGCUUUCACCAUUCUGCUUUCAAUAUUUUGUCGAUACUAUCAGACUUGAAGGGAAUCAAAGAGAAACGGAAAUACCGCCUAUGGAAAUAUUAAAAGGGGAGUUUUCUGUCAUCUUAUUGUUUAUCAUUCUUCUCAGCACAAUUAUGCACUGAGGGAAACCAUUCUUAUACCUUUUUAUCAGACACACCGAUCCAAAAUGUACUUGGCUAACCUUCGUUUUAUGAUGUUUUCACCUUUCAAAAACUGACAUUUGCUGAUUUAUCACCUAUUUGGAACUAUUAGAAGUCAUCCUGUUUUAUCGGGUUAUUAGUGAAGGUUUUUUACUACAUGCUUUUCACAGCCUUAUUGAUGAAACAACAAUCGAUACGUGGAAUUGCUUUCUCGUGUUUAUGGGUUGCUCUCAUCUCACUCCAGUUUUCAUCAACAGAAUGUAAGCUGGUUCUUCUUGAACGUCCGAAAGACACGACGGUGACAGCGUCUAGUAAAGUGUACCUCGUGUGCAGAUUCGGCGGCGUCGACCCGAGCAAGGCCUUCUCCGACUACUCGUUCAGGUGGACAAAGGGUAACGAGACCAUCUACGACGUCCACAGAAACGAAGAUGAGCCGACUGUGUCGACUGUGAAACUGCUCAAGUACGACACGAAAAGCAGCAGUUCGAUCACGUGUUCAGUGGAGGGUCCGAACAAUGAGAACGAUCAUCAUACUUGCCAACUACGAGUUUUAUCCGAAUCAAGUUCUCAAGUCGGUUUUCCGGAAGUGGAAAUGAUUGGCUCCAGUCAGAAGACACUACAGGUGAACACAGUGAGACAGCCAAUCAGAGCAGACGUCACACCACGAGACUCACUCACCGAGUACAGGUGGUUCAAAGACGACAUUCCACUCGAGUUCUACCCCGACUACGACAAUUACGUCAUCUACACCAAUGCUUACUCGUACCUCGGACCCGGUUCCAUGGAGAUUCAGAAGGUGACAAAUGGUGCCAGUGGGACCUACACUCUGCAGGUCACCAACAAACAAGGCACUGCACUCUCUUCAGAUGUAGUCAUCUACGCCAGAGCUCGCAACUAUCCACCCAAAUUCAUCGGUCCCGCUCUGCCAACUGAGAUUGUGCUAAAGAAAGGACAAUCGAAAGUUCUGAACUGCUCAGCUAAUGCAGCCCCCAUCCCCAAGAUCAAGUGGUACCGCACACUGGGUGGAGUGGAGUCUAUAGUACCCAGCACAGAACUCUACGAGCAAAACUACAGUGACCUCGACAAAGAUUAUGGCUCUUCGCUAAAGACUUCCUACAUUCUGAUGAAUGCCAUGAUGAACCAGACGCUUAGAUGCAAAGUCACAAGUGGAACUCAUCCGCCAAUUGAGACAAUUGUCAAUGUCAUCGUGCUAGAGCCUCCCGGUACCCCAAUAAGUCUUCGGGUCGACGCUGAUAUUCACACCGCAGAUCUGAAAUGGACCCCGCAACGGGCACCGGCAUCACUAAACUGCACAGUGUUUUACAAAAACACCUCUGUCGAAAACAGCGUCUGGUUAACCCAGGACGCUGAUAGUGUCACCGGGACGACGUUGCGAGGGCUGGCGCCCUAUUCCGAGUACCAAGCGAAGAUCGCGUGUAGUAACGAUGUAGGUCGAGGGCCGAACUCGUCUCUGGGGAUAAUGAAAACAGGAGAGUUCACACCCUCGCCACCUGUGAACUUACGCGCGCAGUACAAGCAGCUGAAUAAUGAUGUUAAAAUAGUGGAAAUCAGCUGGCAGAAACCAGAACGACCUAAUGGUAUCAUACAGUAUUACAAUUUCUACUACACUGAUUAUAACAAGAAGAAUGAUAAUAUAAACCAAUGGCAGAAGCGACAGACCAAGAGGAUGUACCACCCUGAAAAAUACCCACCUGGAAAAACGAUGGUGGCAAGAGCACAGGCGGUUAAUGCGUACGGCCAAAGUGAACUGUCCGACAUUUACACCUUUCCCACCACAGUUGGAGUGCCGGGUGUGAUGGAACGAUUCAGUGCCGAGGUCAUCUCGUCCAACGCCGUCAACCUCUCGUGGAGUUCAGUCGCUCUCAUCGACAUCAAAGACAUCAAAAGCUACCGAGUGUACUACAACGACUCAGCCAGUAAAGGCACAACCAGAACUAGGGAAAUUUCCCCGAUGGAGGUUUCCCUCAUGUAUGAUAUGCGAUAUUACGCAACAAUACGAGGCUUGCAGCCCGACACCAAGUAUUCAUUCACCGCGACUGCCCUGAAUUUGGACGACGUCGCGGGACCGAUGAGCGAGAGUAUAGCUUGCAGCACCUUCAAAGCGGUUCCAAGAAGUAAGCCGGUCGAAUUGGGCGCAAAAAUUGUAACCUUGAACUCAAUUUCUCUCAGCUGGAGUUACACAUCGCAGAAGGACAAAAUAACGAAUUACACUGUGCUCUACCGGAUCACGACAAUAGGCAACGCACCGAUUGUUCCGACUGAUUCGAACAUGGUGUAUUUUCAGAAAAUCAGUGUGCUAGAAACUUCAGCUCUAGUGAAAAAUUUAGAUGAAAGCACCUGUUACGAUUUCUUCGUGUGUGCCAACAAUGCUAUUGGGAGGGGCCCCUUUUCAGCUAAUCAACGCAUGUGCACUAUUGAUAUCCAGACAAUCAGUGCACCAAAGUUGGAAACAGUGGAGGUGUUGAAUUCGACCAGUGUGAGAUUGCAUUGGACAGUGCCGGAUGAGUACAACAGAAUAGCAGACAACCUCAAGAUCGGGUUCCAGAUCACAUACUCAUCACCGGGCCAAAUGGUGAACAAUCUGUUUGACUGCAUGGGCCAUGACUUGACCUCUUGUGUGCUGACUGGACUGCAGCCGGAGACCACGUACAGCUUCCAGAUCAGCAUCCUCCUAGUGUCUAACGAGAGUCCAAAGAGCAACACAUACAACAUCCGCACUAUGAGCCCAGAACCCAACACGCCAUUCGAUUUACAAGUGGAGAUCCAAAUGGGCGGAGUUGUGAUCACGUGGGACUACACUGAAGUGCCCAAACACCCAGUGACGUCAUUCAUUAUUAAGUACAGAAUAUUGGAGACAAAGGAAGAGUUCGAAUACGUUCACGACAUUCGCAAUUUGGAGAAUGUUCGAGAUAAACGAAGAGUUGAAUUUCCAAACCUGAGGAAGGGUCUUCAGUACACUUUUAGGGUGCAGGCUAGAAACCUAAACGGGUUCAGUUUGGAGAGCGAGGUCCAAAUCAUUGCCGUUCCUGCUACUUUGCCGACCGGAGCGCCUAGGAACGUGAACGCGUUUGCUCUCACUGGAAGGAAAGUGUUCAUCACGUGGCAACCUCCAGAUGUCGACCAGCAGAACGGAGUGAUCCAAAACUACCUAGUGAUGGCAUCUCAAGUGGGCAAUACUUACAAACAGAACCAGGAGACCAAAUCUGGGCUAACAAGGACGGUGCUCAUCAAUUUGAUGGCCGGCCAGACAUAUCGGGUCAAGGUCGCGGCUAAAAAUGCGGCCGGACUCGGUCCUUCCUCGGAUGAAGUGGAAGUCAAAACGCUUCUUUCCAAUUCGAGUGCUCCACAGAACGUGCAAGUGCUGCCCUCUUCUAAACUAGGAAGUGUGAAAGUGACGUGGGAUGAACCAUAUGCAGCUUCUAUUCCCAAAGAGUACGGCUACAAAGUGUUCUACUCUGAAAAUCCCUCGCUGGCAUUACACAAGUGGCAGACUAAGAUUGUCCCUCAAAAGUUUGUGAUGGAGACGAACUUGGACGGACUGCGUGAGAAUACCAUGUACGGGAUCCGAGUGGCGCCGCAACUUGAUUCGGCGGGCACUGUGGGCGCACUCUCGCGGGAAGUUUUGCACCGCGUGGGUCCAAGACUGCACGACAACUUCGAACUGAAGCCUAUCAAAGUGGGCUCUGACUUAGUAGUAUUUCAGUGGAGCAAACCCAGUGGAGUUCAAGUCACUCGAUAUAAGCUGUCGCACUAUAAUAUGGGAGACCCGAAUGCGGACAAGGGCAGCCAGGACAACAUAGUUGCAACUGCGACUUUGUGUGUAGUGAGUGAACUGAAGCCCUUCACCCAGUACUCCUUCAACAUGACAGUGUUCACACUGGACAGUAUUGGGAGAGAGGUCACCAACCUCUCCCUUCAGUUUACCCUGUUCACUAAAGCCACUGUGCCCGACUCCAUAUCAACCCCCCUGAUCCCCACGCGUGACGGAGUGACGUCAGAGGGCAUCAUCAGUCUCCGCCUGAGCCAGCCCUCCCUCUCUCGUGGUCCAGUGGACGCAUACCAGGUGGUGUUGGUGGAACUACUGGACAACAACAUCAAAGUGGAGGACCUACCAGGACCUGAUCAGAUUUUUAUCGAAAACAACUCUAAGAACACAGUAUCUCUCAUACGUCGGCAGAGAUCUUCUGGGCUCUUCUCUUUCACAUAUGCCAUCGAAAACAACAUCUUCCGUCGAUCUGCAGACACAUCCUACUACCAAUCCCAGACAUCCCCCUCCAACUACAGAGCAGCAAUUGUGGCCCAACUGGUCGAUUUCUACCCUGAUUUUGCCCUGGGAGAUAACAGAUACUACGGGAACUAUUUCAACGGGAGAUUGCAGUUCUCAAAGCGAUACACUGUCUUUGUCAGGGCCCUCGUGUACUCAGAUGUUAUCCAGUACCGCAGUAGUGACUACAUGGACCCUGCAUUCACAGUGCAGGAUGUGAUGGGGGCCUCAAUGAGUGGGGGAGGGAUUGGGGAGAAAGACCCCUUCGUCAAUCUACUGUGGAUUGUGUGUGUAGUCGCUACUGUCAUUGUGGUCAUCGUCAUCUUCCUCAUUGCCAUCUAUCUCAUCAAAAGGAAGAACCAUUCGCAUGCUAAUCUCCCGGAAGGAUCAUUCAAUGGCUCCACAUCGAAAUACAAUGAGAUCCUAGUGAUGAACGGCAACAAACACCACAGCCACGUCUCCUACGCCAACUCACAACACUCCCCCACACCUCACAGUCCCGGCUCAUUCCAGUACCUGGGCAACGGGAAUGGAAGUGGCAUGCUGCUCGGAGGAGGCUCAUAUCCCCCCACGUACACAUCCAACUAUAAAACAGUGCAAACGGACGACCCGGUCGAACGCCGGCGUCUCAACUUCCCCACAAAUGGAUUGGAAGAUCACCAGCCUCUGAUUUGUGCUGAAGUCGGCGAAACAGUCGAUCGAUUGAAAGCCAAAGACAACUAUCUCUUUACUGUUGAGUUCGAGUCAAUCGAGCCAGUGCAACAGUUCACUUGGGAACACUCCAACAUGGACGUGAACAAAUCUAAGAACAGGUAUGCCAAUGUGAUUGCAUAUGACCACUCCAGGGUCCACCUGAGAAGCAUCGAGGGGGUGCCUGGAUCGGACUACAUCAACGCCAACUUCAUGGACGGCUACAGGAGAGAGAGGGCCUAUAUAAGUACCCAGGGACCCCUGGAAGAGACUCUGGGUGACUUUUGGAGGAUGGUUUGGGAGCAGAAUUCGUAUACAAUUGUGAUGAUGACAAAGUUGGAGGAAAAAUCCAGGACUAAGUGUGAUCGCUACUGGCCGGAGAAAGUGAACGAAUACGAGACAUAUGGACUGAUUGAGGUGUUCCAGUCCCAAGUGGAAGUGUAUGCUUCCUACACCAUCCGAACUUUGAAAAUACGACACAUUCAGGAGAGUGGGGGCAGUAGGGAGGUGAGGCAGUUCCAGUUCACAGACUGGCCCGACCACGGAGUGCCAGAGUACGCCACUCCAGUGAUCGCAUUCGUGAAGAAGAUCAAACUCUCCAACCCCACUGACCAUGCCGGACCACUCGUAGUACACUGCAGUGCGGGAGUUGGUCGCACUGGUUGUUUCAUUGUGAUUGACGCACAGAUGGAGAAGAUGCAGAAUGAAGACCAGGUGGACAUCUAUGGUCACGUGACCUGUCUCAGGGCCCAGAGACAGUACAUGGUGCAGACAGAGGACCAGUACAUAUUCAUAUACGAUGCCAUACUGGAAGCCAUACAAACAGGUCUGACGGAGUUCCAGAAGUACGAGAUGGAAGAGAGAGUGGCUCAACUGAGGAGCAGUGGGAGCGUGCUGGGGGACAACCGGACGGGGCUGGAGGCGGAGUUCGAGCGACUCUCCCACGUCACUCACAGCCCGGCCAAGUUCUCGGCCGCCAUGCUCCCCGAGAACAUGGCCAAAAACAGACUGGCCAACAUCAAACCAUUUGAUUCGACGCGGGUGAAAUUGGAACCCCUCAGAGGUCAAGCGGGGUCAGACUACAUCAACGCCAGCUACAUCGACAGCUAUUACCAGAAAGGUGCUUACAUUGCGACACAAGGACCCCUCGAGACGACAGUGUUUGACUUCUGGCGUAUGGUGUGGGAGCAGAAUGUCGGCGUCAUUGUCAUGCUGACCAAACUGAAAGAGCUCGGACGGGAAAAGUGCUUCCAGUACUGGCCCAAACCGAACAACGCCGAAAGGCAUAACUACUUACUCGUUGAGCCCGUCCAGGAGUACGCCAUGGCUCAGUUCGUAAUUCGGGAAUUCAGACUCUGCGACGCCCGCGAGGGACUCACGAGACGAAUUCGGCAGUUUCACUUCGACUGGCCCGAACAAGGUGUCCCAAAACAGAACCAAGCAUUCGUCGAAUUCAUCCGCUACGUAGAGGAGGCUAAAUCAAGCCUCGGCUUGCCGAUCAGUCCCGUCGUUGUGCACUGCAGUUCAGGGUCAGCGAGGAGUGGAGUGUAUAUCGCCCUGAAGAUGGUGCUUGAUCGAAUGGAAAACGAAGCGAUUGUUGACGUGUUUCAAACAGUGAAGCUAUUACGAACACAAAGACCUGCCAUGGUCCAAACCGAGGACCAAUACGAAUUCAUCUACCAGACCGCUUUAGACUACUUCCGAAUAUCAGACGGGUACGACUACUAUAACAGCAGCAGAUGUUAAAUCUAAAGUUGCAACACGUUCUUACAUCAUCAAGUCUCGCGUCGCUGUCUGAUUGGCUGCCGAAUCACAUCCGAAUCCGACACGACAAGCCAACUCCCGAGUGAGAAGUUGCAUUGAUUGCCGUGCCUUCGAUCAUCAUUUAAAAAUCUGCAACUAAUUCAAAGCUAAUUUUAUCUCUUUUAUCCAAUUGUUCAUAAUUUUACUGAUGUAAUUUCAAAUAAUGAUUAAAUUUCGUGACUUUUGUAAUUUCAAAUCAAUUUAUA